UUAACAGCUUUGGCGCGCUUUCAUGCUUUGUGUUCAGCAGGUAAUUCCACAGUUUUCUGUUGUUCUUGCUGCUGUUGUGUGAUUUUGGUGUGGUACAAGUUUUUAAGUAACAACUGUAUAAAAAUUAUUUUAAGUGUUGAAACAUAAAUCUCGAUUCACGAAUCACCACUGAGAAACAAAGAUAAUGGAUGUUGAAGACGCAUAUAUAGGACAACUUCGUGUUCGUGAUGAAGUUGGAAUUCGCACUCAGAAAUUGUUUCAAGAUUUUUUAGAAGAGUUUAAAGAAGAUGGCGAAUUGAAGUAUAUGCGAACAGUGCAAGAUUUAAUAAAUCCAGACCGCUCAACGUUGGAAGUGAGCUUCGAGGAUGUUGAAAAAUACAAUGAGUGUCUCGCUACGGUUAUUAUUGAAGAAUACUACCGAAUAUUUCCGUUUCUAUGUCAAGCUGUUUCUAAUUUCGUGAAAGAUAGAACCGACUUGAAAAAGGACAAGGAAUGCUAUGUUUCAUUCACGGAUGUUCCGACCCGGCACAAAGUACGCGAACUUACGACGUCAAAGAUCGGAACUUUAAUACGCAUUUCUGGGCAGGUGGUUCGUACACAUCCAGUUCAUCCAGAAUUAGUGACUGGAACAUUUGUCUGUUUGGAUUGUCAGACAGAAAUAAGAGAUGUUGAACAGCAAUUCAAGUUUACCAAUCCAACCAUUUGUCGCAAUCCUGUUUGUGCAAACCGUCGCCGAUUUAUGUUGGAUGUUGAUAAGUCGAAAUUCAUUGAUUUCCAAAAAGUGCGUAUCCAGGAAACACAAGCAGAACUUCCUCGAGGUUGCAUUCCACGUUCGGUUGAAGUUAUUUUACGGGCAGAAAUAGUCGAAACCGUGCAAGCUGGUGACCGAUAUGAUUUCACUGGAACGUUAAUAGUUGUCCCAGACGUAGGUGCCCUUCAAAUGCCUGGUGUAAAAGCUGAGCUUGGCUCGCAUCAUAAGCAUGGUGAUAAUGCGGCUGAAGGAAUCCGCGGAUUGAAAGCGCUUGGUGUUCGUGACUUAAGCUACAAAAUGGCAUUUUUGGCCUGCUCCGUGCAGGCGACCUCUUCUCGUUUCGGUGGAACUGAUAUGCCAAUGAGUGAGGUAACGGCAGAAGACAUGAAGAAACAUAUGACAGAUGCUGAAUGGAAUAAGGUUUAUGAGAUGUCGCGUGAUCCUAAACUUUACCAAAAUCUUAUCAACAGCUUGUUCCCUUCAGUAUAUGGAAACGAUGAAGUAAAACGAGGAAUACUACUGAUGCUUUUUGGAGGCGUUGCUAAGACCACUCAUGAAAAAACCACGCUGCGAGGCGACAUCAAUUGCUGCAUUGUUGGUGACCCCAGCACGGCUAAAUCACAAUUUCUGAAGCAAGUCGCUGAUUUUUCGCCAAGAGCUGUGUAUACAUCUGGCAAAGCGUCAUCCGCAGCUGGUCUGACGGCAGCUGUAGUUAAGGACGAAGAAAGUUUCGACUUCGUAAUUGAAGCUGGAGCGCUUAUGUUAGCUGAUAACGGCAUCUGCUGUAUCGACGAGUUUGACAAAAUGGAUCCACAUGACCAGGUUGCCAUUCACGAGGCAAUGGAACAGCAAACUAUUUCAAUUGCUAAAGCUGGCGUACGAGCGACGCUGAAUGCAAGAACCUCAAUUUUGGCUGCUGCAAAUCCCAUCGGUGGCAGAUAUGAUCGAUCAAAAUCAUUACAGCAAAACGUUUACCUAACUGCUCCUAUCAUGUCUCGAUUUGAUUUAUUUUUUAUUCUUGUCGACGAAUGCAACGAGGUUGUGGAUUACGCUAUUGCGCGGAAAAUUGUUGAUCUGCAUUCGAAUAUUGAAGAUCGUGUUGAUCAAGUUUACUCUAGGGAAGAUGUCUUACGCUAUGUUAUGUUCGCUCGUCAGUUCAAACCUCUUAUUACACAAGAAGCAUUAGAAUUGCUCGUGGAAAACUAUGGCCAUUUGCGACAACGGGAUACGGGUACAUCCGGUAAGAGUACCUGGCGAAUCACCGUACGCCAACUGGAAAGCAUGAUACGACUUAGUGAAGCGAUGGCCAAAAUGGAAUGUAGUGAGGAGGUUGGGGAUAAGCAUGUCAAAGAAGCUUAUCGUUUGCUGAAUAAAUCAAUAAUUCGUGUAGAACAACCCGACAUUCAUUUAGACGACGAAGAGGAUGCUGAACUUGCACUCGCUAUGGAUGCAGAGGAAGCAGUGUCGCAACAAGACUCAGAGCAGAUAACGAAUGGUCACGGAGAAAAUGGUCAUGGCACUAAUGGACAUGAAGUGCCAAAGAAAAAACUCACUCUAUCCUUCGAAGAAUAUCGGAAUUUGUCAAACAUGCUUGUCAUCCACAUGCGCAGUGAAGAGUCUCGCUUUGAGAGUGAGGAAUCUCAAGCUGAUGGUAUUAAAAAAUCGGAACUGAUAAACUGGUACCUUGAGCAGGUUGGCGACCAGAUAGAAAGUGAAGAAGAGUUGUUCGAAAGAAAAACUCUAAUCGAGAAAGUCGUCGAUCGACUUAUGUACCAUGACCAAGUUAUUAUUCCAUUAAAGACUGGUACUCUAGGCGACAAAGAUACCCAAGAGGAGGAAGAUCCGCUACUUGUUGUGCAUCCAAACUACAUAGUUGAAACAUGAAAUGGUUUUUCUUGCCAUGGGUAGUAGUAGUCUACAGUUUUAAAGUAUACCUGAUUUUUUUUGAGAAAUAAAUUUGUGAAAAAGUUA